AUGAAUCAGCCUUCCCGUUGUGUUGUUCUCUCUGGUCCCGUUGCCUUCUGUCGAAAACAUAGUUCUCCCGACUUUCAGGACAAGUUUAAACGAAUGGCCAAACGCCACAAAAUGCCCACUUUUGAGACCGAAUUGAACCAAGAUCUUUCAAAUACUCCGCGGCCUUGCCCCUCGAAUGAUAUUAACUUUCUUCGGUUGAACAGUCCAGCAGCAAGGUUCCACGAGCACGUUACAGUAGAAGAUGUUGGAAACCUCUUGACAGGACAGCUCCAAUCAAAACAUGGAUCUUCUAAGUAUUCAGCAAAUGAAGGAUCGUCUUCAAGCCUUUCAGAGAGCACACACUCAAUUCCUGAGGAUAUAAUCAAACUUAUCCUUGCUUAUUGGAGGAUUAAACGGCGCUCGGAAUUCAACAAUCCUCUUGUUCAUAAACCACCCUCCCAUUGGACUGUCGAUCUUGUCGAAGCACAGAAAACUGAACCCCAGAAGAUUAAUGACGAGACAAUGGUUCUUGAUAGCGUCGAUGAGAAAUGCGACUAUGUUCGAAAUAGUCUAAAACAGGCUCGAACAAUGGCAGAUAUGGUAGUUCAGCGGGAGCGAAGAAAGACGGAUUUGGUUCAAACAAUGAGGAAUAUAACUGAUGUUCAAUUGGAUAGUGUUGUACAAGACCCGAUUGGGGCGACAAUGGAUGAAGUGAUAAAUACAGCUCAUCUUUACGAACCUGAGUAUGAUCGUCGUCUCAUAUCAACUCUGAGUCGGAGAAGGCGAGGUUCUAAUAGAACGGUCCUUACAAAGUUUGUGACUGGAAAUGAAGUCAUUGAUUCGAUUCCUAGAGAGGAGUUGAUGUUCUGUGAGAAAGCUGUCGCCAUGAUCAAGGAAGGCUUUGCCCGCAAACGUGGUAGACCAAGGACACGUCCUGUAUCGGAGCUGCCUACUUCAAAGUGGUUUUCCUAUCAGGUGGAUAAUGGAGAUUUCUUGAUUCCUCGAAUGCCAGCUAGGCGUCGUGGGAGACCUAGAAGUGUCUUGACGAGUGUGGAGAGCAAUGCGGAAGAAAAAGGCAUUUUACCGGCCCAAGAAUGUUCUGUCGAAAUGGUCAACAUCAACAUCCCAAUGGAGAUUGUGGAUUUAACUCCCUGA